AUGAUGGAAAUAGCCAAUGUGAGUUCUCCAGAAGUCUUUGUCCUCCUGGGCUUCUCUGCACGACCCUCACUAGAAGCUGUCCUCUUCAUAGUUGUCUUGAGUUUUUACGUGGUAUCGGUCUUGGGCAAUGGCAUCAUCAUUCUGGUCUCCCGUAUGGAUGUGCACCUCCACACACCUAUGUACUUCUUUCUUGCCAACCUCUCCUUCCUGGACAUCAGCUUCACCACGAGCAUUGUCCCACAGUUUCUGGCCAACCUCUGGGGACCACAGAAAACCAUAAGCUAUGGAGGGUGUGUGGUCCAGUUCUAUAUCUCCCAUUGGCUGGGGGCAACCGAGUGUGUCCUGCUGGCCACCAUGUCCUAUGACCGCUACGCUGCCAUCUGCAGGCCACUCCAUUACAUUGUCAUUAUGCAUCCACAGCUUUGCCUUGGGCUAGCUUUGGCCUCCUGGCUGGGAGGUCUGACCACCAGCAUGGUGGGCUCCACUCUCACCACGCUCCUACCACUGUGUGGGAACAAUCGCAUCGACCACUUCUUUUGUGAGAUGCCCCUCAUCAUGCAACUGGCUUGUGUGGAUAUCAGCCUCAAUGAGAUAGAGAUGUACCUGGCCAGCUUUGUCCUUGUUGUCUUCCCUCUGGGGCUCAUCCUGGUCUCUUACGGCCAUAUUGCCCGGGCCGUGUUAAAGAUCAGGUCAGCAGAAGGGCGGAGAAAGGCACUCAACACCUGUUCUUCCCACGUGGCCGUGGUGUCUCUGUUUUAUGGAAGCAUCAUCUUCAUGUAUCUCCAGCCAGCCAAGAGCACCUCCCAUGAGCAGGGCAAGUUCAUAGCUCUCUUCUACACCGUAGUCACUCCUGCGCUGAACCCAUUUAUUUACACCCUGAGGAACACAGAGGUGAAGAGCGCCCUCCGGCACACUGUGUUAGAAAACUGCUGUGGCUCUGCAGGCAAGCGGGCCCAAAUUUAG